GUUCCACAGAAACAUGAACAAGAAACCAUUUUGUACCCAAGCUAAUGUUUUGUUUCACAUACUGGACAUCAAUUAUGGGCCGGAUACAGGCCUUAGUCAUCAGGAUAAGGCCCAUUUGGAUCGCCUCAUGAGUCAUGUCCACUUUUGUUUGAUAAUUGACUGUUUCCUCUUUCUAUCGGUCCCUAACUUGCGUCAGUGCAGAAGCAAUUAGCUGCCUUAUCCGUUUCAAAGCAGUGGUAGGCGAAGAGUGCAGAUGAGCUCACUGGUAAAUUCAUUCAGCUCAUGCACUCCCACAAACUUCACUCCAUCAACUGCUGCUAGAUCUAGGCUGCACGCACUAAUUCAUUCCACUGCUACAGCAGAAACAUCAUCAACGAGGAGGAUCGAAAUCCAAAGUGGCCACCAUAAAAUUAGCAGCUCUGAUUAUCACCAACCGUCGCUCCGAUCAAAUGGAAAUCCAACCUCAGUUCUGGGGAGGAGAGAAAGCAUAGUUGGUUGCGGCUUCUGUAUGAGCCUUCUUGACGCACUGUUCUCGCAAGCGCAGCCCAGCGCCGCAGCAGCCCAAGUCGCUCCCUGCGAACUCACACUAGCUCCUUCAGGCCUCGCCUUCUGUGAUCAGGUUGUGGGGAGUGGCCCUAAGGCGUCCAAGGGAAAGCUGAUAAAGGCACAUUACGUGGGGAAACUGGAGAACGGGAAGAUAUUUGACAGCAGCUACGAUCGCGGGAGACCUCUUACGUUUCGCAUUGGGGCUGGGGAGGUGAUUAAAGGGUGGGACGAGGGAAUUCUUGGCGGCCAGGGUGUUCCCCCCAUGCUUGCUGGUGGAAAACGCACGUUGAAACUUCCUCCGGAACUUGGAUAUGGCAUGCGGGGAGCUGGCUGCAGGCAAGGUAUUUUCAGGAAUUAAAGAAGCAAUAAAGAUGCACAUGCAAAAAGUGGAGUAGGCCAUGCAAAAUGAUGCAAAUGGAGGCGUUAAGUGCAAAACGAAGCUAAUUGGGCGAUUAUGGACAGUUUCAACAUCGUUUCGUAAUCUGAGAAUAACUCUCUCAUCCGAGCUUUGAUUGAGAUGAUUUAAGAUGCUAUGGAACGCUAAGAAAAAACUCUACAAUUUUCAUGUUUUGAGUUUUGAGAGACACUAGCUGCAUUAAGGUCAAAAUUGGGCUUGAAGUGAGAGAUUAGAACAGUAGUUUUGGAGGGUGGCAGCUGAAAAAAAUUGGGGCAACAACUUUGGGAAAAAAGAGACGCUCAGCCUCAUCUCUCUCUCUCUCUCUCUCUCUCUCUCUCUCUCUCUCUCUCUCUCUCUCUCUCUCUCUCUCUCUCUCUCUCUCUUUUCCCUUUCUUUGUUUAUUUAUAUUUUGUUUUACUUUAUUGUAAUUUCAAUUCUUGUUUUAAUACCUUGCUCAAAUUUAUUAUUUGUUUAAGUUUAUCUUUAUUUAUGUCAUUGUUGAGUUUAGUUUAUUGUUGGAUUUAUUUUUGUUUAAGACUUUGUUGGAUUAAGUUCAUUUUAUUGUUGAAUGGUUGCUAUUAGAUUAAUGAGAUUCUUGCUUUUGAUUUA